AUGCAGAAGAGCGUGCGCUACAACGAGGGACACGCGCUGUUUCUGUCAGUGGUCGCGCGUAAAGAGGGAACCAAGCGCGGGUACCUGAGCAAGAAGACGGCCGAGAACAGCCGCUGGCACGAGAAGUUCUUCGCCCUGUACCAGAAUAUACUGUUCUACUUCGAGAACGAGCAGAGCGCGCGACCUGCGGGGAUUUACCUGUUGGAAGGAUGCACCUGCGAGCGCGCGCCGGCGCCCAAGAUGUCCACCACGGGGAGAGAAGCGCUGGAGAAACAGCACUACUUCCUCAUCGUGUUUGGCCACGAUGGACAGAAACCUCUGGAGCUGCGGACAGAUGAGGAGUGUGAGUGUGAUGAAUGGGUGGAGGCCAUCCAGCAGGCCAGCUACUCUGACAUCAUCAUCGAACGAGAGGUGCUGAUGCAGAAAUACAUCCACCUCGUGCAGAUAGUGGAGACGGAGAAGGUGGCGGCCAAUCAGCUGCGCACCCAGCUGGAGGAUCAGGACACCGAGAUCGAGAGGCUCAAAUCAGAGAUUGUAGCUCUGAACAAAACCAAGGAGCGAAUGCGGCCUUACCACAUCCAACAUGAAAACGAAGACCCGGACAUCAAAAAGAUCAAGAAGGUGCAAAGCUUCAUGCGGGGCUGGCUCUGUCGGAGGAAGUGGAAGAUCAUCGUUCAGGAUUACAUCUGCUCCCCUCACGCCGAGAGCAUGAGGAAGAGGAACCAGAUCGUCUUCAACAUGGUGGAGGCAGAGACAGAGUACGUCCACCAACUCUACAUCCUGGUCAACUUUUUCCUAAGACCUCUGAGGAUGGCUGCCAGCUCCAAGAAACCUCCCAUCUGCCACGAUGAUGUCAGCAGCAUCUUCCUCAACAGUGAGACCAUCAUGUUCCUACAUGAGAUUUUCCAUCAAGGCUUAAAGGCGAGGAUAGCAAACUGGCCGACUCUGGUGCUGGCCGACCUAUUCGACAUCCUGCUGCCCAUGCUGAACAUCUACCAGGAGUUCGUGAGGAACCAUCAGUACAGCCUGCAGGUUCUGGCCAACUGUAAGCAGAACAGAGACUUCGACAAGCUGCUGAAACAGUACGAGUCCAACGCCGCCUGUGAGGGAAGGAUGCUUGAGACCUUCCUCACAUAUCCCAUGUUCCAGAUUCCCCGCUACAUCAUCACCCUGCAUGAGCUGCUGGCGCACACACCUCAUGAGCACGUGGAGCGAAAGAGUCUUGAAUUCGCCAAGUCCAAGUUAGAGGAACUGUCCAGAGUGAUGCAUGACGAGGUGAGCGACACAGAGAACAUCAGGAAGAACCUGGCCAUAGAGAGGAUGAUAGUGGAGGGCUGUGACAUCCUGCUGGACACCAGCCAGACCUUCGUCCGGCAGGGCUCCCUGAUCCAGCUGCCGUCGGUGGAGCGAGGCAAGUUGAGUAAGGUCCGUUUGGGUUCCCUCUCCCUGAAGAAGGAAGGGGAGAGGCAGUGUUUCCUCUUUACCAAACACUUCCUGGUCUGCACACGAAGCUCUGGGGGGAAACUGCACCUUCUCAAGCAAGGAGGAGUGCUGUCCCUCAUCGACUGCACGCUCAUAGAGGAAACAGACACCAGUGAUGAGGAGUCUAAAGCGGGCGGUCAGGUGUUUGGUCAGCUGGACUUUAAGCUCGUAGUGGAGCCAUCAGAUUCUGCUUCAUUCACCGUGGUGUUACUGGCGCCAUCGCGUCAGGAGAAGGCGGCGUGGACCAGCGAUAUCAGCCAGUGUAUCGAUAACAUUCGCUGUAAUGGCCUGAUGACCAGUGUGUUUGAGGAGAACUCCAAAGUCACUGUGCCUCAUAUGAUCAAAUCCGAUAUGCGUCUCCAUAAAGAUGAUGUUGACAUUUGCUUCAGCAAGACGCUCAACUCCUGCAAGGUCCCCCAGAUCCGUUACGCCAGCGUGGACCGGCUGCUGGAGAGGCUGACGGACCUGCGCUUCCUCUCAAUAGACUUCCUCAACACCUUCCUGCACACGUACAGGAUCUUCACCACCGCCACGGUGGUCAUGGACAAACUGGCCGACAUCUACAAGAAGCCCUUUUCCUCCAUUCCAAUCAGGGCGCAGUACCACUCAUUUGACCGUCUGUCCAUCUCAUCCAUCUGUCCUGACUACAGUCUGAAGAUCAAGAAGAUAGCCAUGGAUCAGCCCAAGUCCUUGGAGCUGUUCUUUGCCACCAACCAGAAUAACAGAGGUGGUGAGCACACGAACGACAAAUCUCCUCGUCUUUGCCGCAAGUUCUCCUCUCCUCCUCCUCUGACCAUCCCGUCCCACACCUCCUCCCCAGUCCGAGUGCGGAAGCUCUCCCUCCACUCCCCCAUCACAGCCAGGGUGGGAGGCCUCGACCUCACCAGUCCCCUGUCAAACUCCAACCACAACACUUCCCAGUCUGCCACCAGUAGCCCCACGUCUGCACACACCCCGCAGACCCCGACGCCUCUGACCCCGACCCCAACCACCACCUCUCCUCCUCCACCUCCCUCCUCCACCUCUCCUCCACCAAACAACUCAAAGUCACCGCAAGACCAAGCUCCGCCCAUUCCGUCGUCUCCGGACCAGAGUCCCCCCCCGUCCGCAGACGGAGAGGAGGUGCCCCGGGUCGACCCUUUCGGUGGGAAACUGCGAAGGAGCAUCCGCAGAGCUGUGCUGGAGUCAGCGUCACUGGAGAAGAUCAUCCCAGAGUCUCCUCAGAGCAGCGAAGCAGGAGACCUGUCUCCAUGUCGCUCUCCUUCAACACCUCGACACCUCCGCUACAGGCAGCCGGGAGUCCAGUCAGGGGAGAACUCACGCUGCUCAGUCUCUCCUGCCUCUGCCUUCGCCAUCGCUACAGCCGCAGCAGGACAUGGCACACCACCAGCGUUCACCAACUCCGAGCGAACUUGUGAUAAAGAGUUCAUCAUCCGCCGAGCUGCGACCAACCGAGUUCUCAACGUGCUGCGCCACUGGGUCUCCAAACACUCACAGGACUUUGAGAUGAAUGGGGAGCUGAAGAUGUCGGUGAUCUGCCUCCUGGAGGAGGUGCUCAGAGACCAAGACCUUCUGCCGCAGGAGAGGAAAGCCACUGCCAACAUACUAAGUGCCCUCUCUCAAGACGAGCAGGACGACGCCCAGCUGAGGAUAGAGGACAUCUUACAGAUGGCGGACUGUCCGAAGGCCGAGUGUUUCGAGUCCCUCUCAGCGAUGGAGCUGGCUGAACAGAUCACGCUGCUGGAUCACAUUGUCUUCAGGAGCAUCCCCUAUGAAGAGUUCCUCGGUCAGGGCUGGAUGAAGGUUGAUAAGACGGACAGGACGCCUUACAUCAUGAAAACCAGCCAACACUUCAACGACAUGAGCAACCUGGUGGCGUCACAGAUUAUGACCCACACCGACGUGGGCUCCAGGGCCAACUCCAUAGAGAAGUGGGUCGCUGUGGCCGACAUCUGCCGCUGCCUCAACAACUACAACGGAGUGUUGGAGAUCACCUCUGCGCUCAAUCGCAGCGCCAUCUACCGGCUGAAGAAGACCUGGGCCAAAAUCAGCAAACAGACUAAAGCCCUGAUGGACAAACUGCAGAAGACCGUGUCAUCGGAGGGGAGGUUUAAAAACCUGAGGGAAACCCUGAAAAAUUGCAACCCUCCAUGUGUACCAUAUCUGGGAAUGUAUCUAACAGACCUCGCCUUUAUUGAGGAGGGAACGCCCAAUUUCACUGAGGAAGGCCUUGUUAACUUCUCCAAAAUGAGGAUGAUAUCCCACAUCAUCAGGGAGAUCCGACAGUUCCAGCAGACGCCGUACAGAAUAGAGCUUCAAGCCAAGGUGACCCAGUACCUUCUGGAUAAGACUCUGAUCAUGGAUGAAGACACGCUCUAUGACCUCUCGCUGAAGAUCGAGCCCAGACUUCCUGCCUGAGCUGCGGCUGUUUGUGGCCAAGAGGGAGCCUGCGAGACCU